GUAAGUUUAAGUUUGAAAAGAACAACAAUGUAUGGUUUGUCUCAGCUUCAGAGACAAUUGGCUGAAUUCACUUCUUCCCUGUUUGAUGAGGGUUUUUUGGAUGAUCAAUUUAACGAGCUUCAGCAACUUCAAGAUGAAAGCAACCCAGAGUUUGUGGUUGAAGUGGUCACUCUUUUCUUUGAGGAUGCAGAGAGGCUUCUCAAUGAACUCGCAAACACACUAGCACUGGAUAACAUUGAUUUCAAAAGGAUGGAUGCUCAUGUUCAUCAAUUGAAAGGUAGCAGCUCCAGGUAA